AUGAAUAGCACACAAUUGAGUGAAAGUUUGAAUGGUGAUUUGAAGGAUUACUUGCAGUCUGAUUACAAUAUCGUGCAAUUUUUUAAGCAUUACGAUCGAGCAAUUGAGGAUAAGAGAUAUAAUGAGUUGCAAGAUACUUGCGAUGCAUCACAACGAUUUCCGGUAUUAAAAGCACAAGUCCCUAUUUUGGCUCAUGCUAGAGAGGUAUAUACAUCACAUAUUUUCACAUAUUUUCAAGAUGAAUAUAUGAAAUCCUUGUCAAUGAAAGUGAAUAGAUGUGAGGAGAACGAUUUAUCCAUCAUGUAUAAGGUCAGCAAGCAUGGGCAUGCUCGAGAGUAUAUUGUUAAGGUGACAGAGAUAGGCCAUAUAUCUUGUACUUGCUUGAAGUUUGAGUCCAUGGGUAUACUGUGUUGUCAUACAAUAAGAAUUCUCGAUGUGGUAAGAGGAGUUAGUAGAAUUCCAACUGAGUACAUUUUAAAAAGGUGGACAAUAGAUGCAAAAGCCGAAGAUAUUAAAGAAGUUGAUGGGCAAGACAUAGAUAUCAAGGAUCCGAAGUUGAUCACUAUGAAUCGUUAUAGAGUUCUUUGUCCUAUAUUUGUUAGAUUGGCGGCAAAAGCUUCUGAAACAGAUGAUGGCUAUAAGGAAGCAAUAGCGUGUGCUAAUGAGCUAAGUUCAAAAUUGAAAGAAAUCAUGAAGGUGACAGCUCCAUCUCUUUGUACUAGCAGUUCAGGAAAAGAUAUAUCAGAAGCAAAUAAUAGUAAAGAUAUCCUCACACAAGCCAAAGGCUUAAAAAAGAAAGAUGGGACGCGACGUAAAAAAAGGGCCAAAGGUUGUCUUGAGGCAAACGCAAAUAGCAAGAAAGCUCGAGGAAACAAGUCAAGUCGCGUUAACCAGAUAGGAUCGAGAGCCGAUGAUAGAACUCUAUCUGAUAAUGCAAAUAUUUUCAAUCAGGAUUCGAUAUCAACGGGAACCAUUUUCGAGAAUUCUGAUUUAAGUGCUUCUCAAAAUAUGGCGUGUGCUAGCUUAUCCCAUAAUUCAGUGUUUUCUCUUUCGAUGGAAUAUCCCAGCUUUACUCAAAUGCUUACGGAACCUCUUUGCUUUAAUGUUGAUGCACAUUCACAAAGGUCUUAUUCAGUUCCUCAUGAUCAGGCAAACCUUUUUGAGAGUCGAGGAUCACAAAAGUUUCAAGAUAACAAUACAUUAUGA